AUGCGCAGACAAAUUGCCCAUUCAGCACUGAAAUCCCCUUUCCGCAACCUCAUUUCCGCCCGCAAUCCCCAUUCCGCCGCCUUACCCAUUCCUGCUCCUAUCGCCUCCCGGUUCGAAUUCUCCUUUCGCCUCCCCGGGCGUGCUCCUCUCGCAUCCCCGCGCUCUCCUCUCGCUUUCCCCCCGUGCUUCCUCCUCACGCCUCCCCGCGCGCUCGACUCUCGCCUCCCCGCGCGGCCUCCUCUCGCCUCCACGCGCGGCCUCCUCUCGCCUUGCCGCGCGUUCCCCUCUCGCCUCCCCGCGCCUGCUCCUCUCGCCUCCCGCGCCUGCCCCUCUCGCCUCCCCGCGCGUGCGACUCUCGCCUCCACGCGUUUCCUCCUCUCGCCUUCCCGCGCAUGCGCAUCUUCCCUGCCUCCCCUCGCUGCCUCUCCGCGUCUCGCGGCGGCCUCCUUUCGCGAGCUGCACUCAAAUAAGGCCCUCGGCCCUCUCUCACUCUCUUGCAACGGCUCUUCUCGUCCUCUCACCAUGCCUUCUCCUCCUCCCGCCACCCCUUCUCCUCCUCCCAACAUGCUUUCUCCUCCUCCUGCCACCCCCUCUCCUCCCACCAUGCCUCCUCCCCCUCCCGCCGUGCCUUCUCGUCCUCCCGCCACUCCUCCUCCUCCCACGUCUCCGCCCCUGCUUCCCACCAUUUCACCUCCUGCUUCUCCUAUUUCCCCCCUCUGCUCCUCCUUCUCCAUGUUCUCAACUUGCCCACCUCCGCUCUUUUUCGCCUCUGCUUCCCUUCUCCCCCUCCCCUCCUCUUUUCCCUCACUGCUCCUCUUUCCCCACUCCCCUCCUCUUUCCCCACUCCCCUCCUCUUUCCCCACUCCCCUCCUCUUUCCCCACUCCCCUCCUCUUAUCCCCCCCUACCCCACUCCACUUCCCCCCUCUGCUCCUCUUGUCCCCCUCUGCUCCUCUUGUCCCCCUCUGCUCCUCUUGUCCCUCUCUGCUCAUCUUUCCCGUAUUGCACCUCUUUCCACCCACUCCUCCUCUUUUCCCCGUCUGCUCUUGUUUUUCCUCCCUACUCAGUUUUCAUCCCCUGCUCUUACCCUCUGCACUUCCCUCUUAUUCCUCUCCCUUCCCCACCAGCUCACUCACCCCUUUGACCACCCGUGCUUGGGAAAAAAACACGGAUGA